AUGGACCCCACUGGAGCGCCGGCGGCCGGCGGGGAGUGCGAGGCGGCCGGGUGGCACCGCCGCCCCGGGGCCGACUGCUUACAAGGGCCGUGCCUGGAGGCGGCCUUCCUCACACCUGCCCGCCGUCCGGGCUGCUCCACUGCAGGAACCCAGGGGUCAGGUCACUCAAAGGAAGGGCGCAGCCAGGGAAGAGUUACGAGGGUGCUUGGAAAAGACCUUGAGCGGAGCAAGGAGCAAAACCUACAGAAAGUGGUUGAGGCCCUGGAUUCAGAAAGGACCGCGUACUCCAGGUUUAAGAGCUCCAUCAAGAGGAAGCUGACGGCCCGGGCUCCGGUGGCGAGCUGCCCUGUUGUCACAAGGUGGCAGCAAAUCAAGGUGCUUAAGAAACCCUCCGUCAUGAAAAGUGCUGUGACUCUACCUAGCAGCUGCACUGCAGCAGGCUUGGAAGGGAGAAAUGACAGGAAAACUGAAAUACAAAAAAAACAGAAAUGUACUACUCAGCUUCUAAUGGUCCAAGGGAUUGGAUAUAUCAUGGCAGAAAGUGACAUGAAGGUCUGUGAAAAUACUAGUUGCAUCUGGAAAGGAUGCCAAGAAGGGACCCAGAAUCAGUUCAGAACUACUACCAUCAUGAAGCCAUCAAUGACAUUGGAGCCAGAACUGAGGCUUCGUAUUACUGGUUUGUGCAGUGAUUACUAUCUAAACUUGCUGGACUGGAACCUUGAAAAUCUCGUUGCUGUUGCUCUAGGAUCUGCUGCAUACAUUUGGAAUGGAAGAACGCUUCAAGGCAUUGAAAGCAUUGAUUUAAAUUCCAGUUCCAAAUACAUUUCAUCUCUAGCUUGGAUGAAAGAAGGAACUUGCCUUGCUGUUGGCACUAGGGAUGGAGAAGUGCAACUGUGGGACAUUGAAAGGAAAAAGAGGUUCAGAAAUACGUUUGGCCACCUGUCUGUAGUUGGUGCUCUGAGCUGGAAUCAUUAUAUUCUGAGCAGUGGUUCAAGACCAGGAUCUAUUCAUCAUCAUGAUGUACGAGUGGCUCAGCACCACACUGGGACUCUUUGCCAAAACAAACAAAGCAUUUGCAGCCUGAAAUGGUCACUAACCAAUCAGUUGUUCGCAAGUGGGUCUAGUGAUGGUACGUUGCAUAUUUGGCCCAGUGAUCCUGGUGUGACUGUGCAGUCACAGCCACUGAAAAACUUACCUCAUUCUUCAGCAGUUAAGGCUAUUAACUGGUGUCCUUGGCAGUCCAAUGUCCUUGCUACAGGGGGUGGAAUGAAAGAUGGGAUUUUGUGUGUCUGGGACGUAAACCGUGAGAAACUCCUCUGAAGUGCAGCUACAGAUUCUCAGAUUUGUUCAUUGCUCUGGUUACCCAAAACCAGUGAACUGAUGACUGGACAAGGCCUUCCUGGAAAUCAGAUGAAAAUAUGUCAGCAUCCAGCACUUAUCAAUUCAUCAGAACUCUGUGGUCAUAAAGGGAGAGUCCUGUAUAUAGCCUUGAGCCCAGACCAGAGGAGGGUCUUUUCAGUUGCUGCUGAUGGGAUAGCUUGUCUGUGGAAAUGCCAUGAGUAUGAGGAAAGCAAUGAAAAAAAAUAAGUUUUUUUUCUAAUGAUUAUUAGAGCUCAUUCUCGUGACUUCUUUUCCUUGAAAGCAAAUGAUUUUAUGUAUUUCACUCCUUCAGUAAUUCAAAAUAUGUGUAUUCCUUCCAACUGUCAUUUUUUCAAGAGUAAAGCAAUUUUCCCCAUUAGUCCAUUGUAUGAAAUGUUAGUAGCUUGUCUUUCUUACUUAACCUAGAGGAAAAAUAUUCUAACUCUGAAGAAUAACAUCAUAUUUGUUUUCAUUAAACUAGCAAGCAUGGAUAGAAUCCAUCCCAUGCCAACAUAUAGUCUUAGGUCCUGCUUUUUGCUAUGAUUCCUGUAAUUUCACAUGGUCUUAGUGUCUGUAUUGCAAUCCAUGUGCUAGGCUGUUUAAAUUGCCUUGAAUCAGUCAAAGGCUGGGAUCAGCAGAUACCAGCCCAAGGGACUGCGUUGUUUAAUAUAUCACAUAGCUCAUAGUACAAAAUCUGCCUAAACAUUUCUAGUGAUCCUAGCUAAAUAUAUGAUGCUAACUAAAAAGAAAUGAUUUCUUGAGACUUCUUUAUCAUUUUCAUAAUAACAGUGAUAGUUAACUUUACUAUCUAAAUAAUCUGUAUUGGAUUUUGAAUUUUUUCCUUAUAUCCACCUACUGUGUUUGUCAGAUGUUUGAAAAUACAAAUAACUGCCUAAUAAUUCUAUUAAUAUCCAUAGUUUUGUAAUCAACUUGUUAAUUAUCCAGACAGGCAUAGUCACAGAAGCACAGCAGUUAGUCUGCUUAUCCCUUAAUGAUUCCAAUUUAAUUCUGGGUGUCAGAAAUCUGGCAGUUGUCACUGUUGAAUGAAUUUUAUGUAAUGCUCACAAGGGACACACCUCUUGGACUUUAAUAGGAGUUUGUCUGUAAAAUAUCUGUGUGCUGUCAACAGCUAAGAAAAGAUGUCAGAUUUGGUCUUCAGAUGCUAUUCAAAUACAAUUCUGUAGUGCUAUUCAAAGCCAUAUUUUAGCCAUAGGCGUUUCUGGAGCUUUGAUUUCAUUUUUGGGAAUGAAGAGAGGCAAGGAUUCACUCUUGCAUUUGUGUCUUAAAAGCCCUUUGAGCUCACAAACUCAUAAAGGUUUUUUUUCCCAAUUGAAAUAUAUUUAGUGUCUUUCCUGUAGCUGAACUGGGAAAAAAUGGGAUAUAAGGGGAGUAGAUCAGUGUCAGCUCAUGGAAAAUUAAGCUGUUGAUCAAAUGCUUGAAAAGAGAUAAGCAACAUUAACAGGGGCACAGGCAUCUCUGGAAAUGAAUGUGAAACUCUCUUGUCUUUAGUUCUCAUCAUUUUAAAAACCUUAUCUGAUAUUCAUAAGUCACAUGAUCACUAAUUUUAGGUCUGGAAGGUUGAGACCACUCAUCUUUUUUACCUAACAAGUUACUAAUUUACAAUAAAUAUGCCACCAAGUUUCUGUGGUCACCCUGUGUCGUCUUCAGAAAAGGUUAGAAAAUGAGAACAGUUAUUAUCAAUUUACUAUGAAGAAGCUGAUGUCUAAGAAUGGGAAAUAACUUCUACUGUGCCUGUCUUCUAACAUAUCUUGUAAUAUUUGAUCAAUUCUUUAGAAUCUGAUUUAAAUAUUCAAAAUAGUGUUUUAUAAAAUUUUAAAGGUUGCUUUUUUUAAUGUUAAAAAAAACAUUUUCUCUCUUUUGAAUGGGAAAAAAGCUGUGGAAUUCAGUUCUUUAAUCAUGUAAUUCAGGAAUUGCCCCAGAAAUUCUCUCUGUCCUUUGAUGGUACCUAAAUGUUGUUGGUUUGCCAAAUAGAAGAAAAGAGAGUGGAGGACUGUGGUGGAGAAGGAACCAGUCAACACUGAAGAUAAGCAUAUUUUGUUGGAUGUUUAUCUGUCAAAGUAAAAAAAAAAAUACACUAAUUUUCAAACUCAGAAGUGCUCAGUACUUAAUUAUCCAAGUUCAUUACUGAGUUGUGAAGUUGUAUUGGCCCCAGAAAUAUUUCAACACAAUAUCUGUCAGAGGGAGAAGUUGCUUUUUCUCCAUAACUAGCCAAUAGCCCAUGAAAUUCUGUAUGCGCGCACUGUAGGCCUAUUCUAUUAAACAUAUAUUUAAAUUGCACUCUGUGUCUAAUCUGUGGUCAAAUUAAACGUUUACUUACAUGCCUUUUCUAGUCAGUUUCUUCCACAUGACCAGCAUCUGUCUUUUGUAAUAGGAAUUUGAGGACUUGAGUGGCAUGCUUCUGCUUCAGUGAGCUUUACAGGUACUGCUGCUGAAUACUUGCGGACAUAGGGAGUACAGUUGCUGAAAAGAAAUCAGUGUUCAUGUAUAGCUGCCUCAUUUUGCCCGUGCUGAGGUCUUAAUAUAUGAAGGCCCAGGCAAAAUGUGAGGUCUUGACUUGUUCCUUGUACAGUAUGGUGUAUUUUUAGCUUAUUGCCUACUACAUGACUUGUCAAUGGUUCAUAGAAUCACAGAAUUGCAGAAGUAGGCAGAGACCUCUGGGUCCAUCUGCUCCAACUCUACUUAAGCAGGGUUGCCCAGAGGAGGGUCCUCAGAGCAAUGCCCAAGCAGCUUGUGAAGAUUUCCUAGGAGGAGAUCUCACAACCUCCUUGGGUAGCCUGUACCAGUUCUCCAUCACCUGCACAGCAGAGAAAUGCCUCCUGAUUUUCAGAAGGAACUUAUGGUGUUCCAGUUUGUGCCCACUGUCUCUUGUCCUGGUACUGGCACCACUGAAAAGAGCCCAGUUUCAUCCUCUUUGUAUCUUCCCUUCAGGUAUUUAUAGAUAUUGGUAAAAUCCCCUGAGCCUUCUAUUCUCCAGAAAGAGCAGUCCCAGCUCUCUCACCUCAUAAGAAAGGUGCUGCAUGCCCUUCAUCAUCUUGGUGGCCCUCCAUUGGACUACCGUAGACAGAACUGGACAUAGCACUGCAGAGGUGACCUCACCAAUAUUGAGUUGAUGGGAAGGAUCCCCUCUCUUGACCUGCUGGUGAUACUUUGCCUAAUGGUGACUCCUGUUCAGACCCAGACUAGUCUGAGACAAAGAUCAGAAUCCUUUUCUAAGAGGCCAGCUUGUUCUAUACCCGAGGUCUGUAUGCACUGAAGGAUGAGUCUCCACAGGUGAUACAGAUGAUAAAGUAUAAAUGGCUUAAACCUAGGCCAUCAUCCACACAGUUCUGUCCAAUGUGGAGCAUUUUACAACUCAUAUGGAACCCAAACCUUCAGAACAAAAAUCAUUUUUAGAUGAGGAAAAGAUUCACUGCCAAUAUAAUAAAGUGGUUAUCUGACUGAUGCAAUGAAAUAGACUACAGAAACUCAUACUAGGAAAUGCCUUUGUUUCUGCACAUGAAUGCAUUCCUGCCAGUACACAAUCUGACAUGGUGCUACUCAGAUAAGUAUUACACUGCUUUACUUAAUGCUGUUUGAAUCUGUUUACUUCUUGGUUCACAGUGAGCAGAAACCAUUGCAUGCUAGAUGUCAAAAUUUAAUCGACUGACCUUAACCUAGAUGAUACAUGUGAUCUUAAUUGCUACUGUGAUUCCCUGUUACAUAAACUUGGAUGAGCUCCCUCCAGCAGUGGUGGAGUGGUAUUCAGUUUUGCUGUCUGUGACUUUCAGGCUGGGGAAAGAAGCAGAUCAAAGAGGAAGCGCUAAGAUGAAAAUGCGAUAGCAGGAUGGAAGUUGGGCAGUGAAAAACUGGACAAAGAGUAAAGUAAUGAAGUAAGACUAAUCUAUGAGGAGAGUGAAAUAGGCCUGGAUGAUCAAUUGUUUUGAAGAUCAGCUGCAGAUUUUUCACAAGACUUAUAAAGACUCUUUGUUUUCUGAAGGAUUUUAGAAUUAAUUCUUUCCAAAUGAAGGAUUUGGUAGUUUGCAUGACCAGUGCAAUAGAAAAAUUCUGGGUUGUUUUACUCAUUUCCUGGGCAUUUAAAACAGAAACAAAGUCACUACUUUGGGUGUUAGUAAGUCAGUGAGCUAUCUGUCCUGUUAGUUUCACUGAUGUCUUCAUUGGCUAAGAAUUCUUUCUGCUUUGCUUCUGUGCUUAUGAUCCUUUGUGCUUGUGCACCUGAUUUUAUGUUCACUCCAUAACUCAAACAUAUGUAACUACUCUUUAGGAAUAUCAAUCAGGAAUAUUAAAAGUUCUGACUGUGUAACAUUUGUAAUGGACAGAAAAUAUAAAAAAAAGAUGUUCAGCAUCAAAACUUUCAAUAAGGAACCUGUAGACUAGAACCUCUCCCUCCUCAAUAACUAGGUAUCAGGUGAAAACAGCUGUGUUUUAACCCAUAUUCUCCCAUAAUAUGUUUAUAAAUUAUGUUCAAUUAUUCAUUAUGAAGAGAUAUUUUUUAAUAAAAAUCAUGCUAGGUUUAUCCACCUUAUGAAUGCCCUCCACUUUCUUUUAGUUAAUGCCUAUUUCCAAUUUAGAAAUCCCAAAAAAUCAAAAUAAAACCACCCCCUUUUUGAGGCAUUCACAGCAUUGAAAAUACCCAGUGCUGUUAAUAUAGAGAUGGGGAGAGACAUUUUUCACAAUAGACCUGUUUGCUGUUUAACAAGUGCUUGCUGAAGCAGUUAAAAAUUCCACUGUGUAUUUGUCAGUGGCAGUA